AAACUAGCGUCUUAUAUACAUCAUUUAUUGUUGAAGAGGGUUGAGAUGACAAACUCCUUUAAUGACAUGCAUUGGAAAAAUGCAACAAGCUUUUGCUGAUGAAGCAGAUAAAAUUUCUCGAGAGUUCAUUUCUCCGACACAGGCUGUGGUUCACCAGCCAAACUUAACUGCUCAGAGUAGCAGUAAUUUGGUCGCCCUUCCUAUUAAUGGUUCCACCAUCGGAAACAUCAACAUCAGGAUCAUAUCAAGCAGUCAAGGGUCAAAUGAUCAAUCAAAAUACAUCUCAAAUCAAGAUAAUACAGGCAACUGUGGUACUCUGCAGCCCCAAAAUGAUGAGAAGACAGAAUGUCAACAGAAACUGAAAGCUGCUCUGAAGAUGAAGUUCAGUCAUUGGCAUGAAGAGAUAUUGAAGGAUGUAAAUAAAACAUCUCUAAAUAAGAUCUACACAGAGCUCUACAUCACUGAAGGAGGAUGUGGAGAAGUCAGUAAAGAGCAUGAAGUGACACAGAUUGAGAUGGCAUUUGAAAUCCAUUUGAAACAGGAGAAACCCAUCCACUGCAAUGACCUCUUUGCUCCACAACCUGGACGAGACUACCGCAUCAGAACUGUGCUCACAAGAGGAAUCGCUGGAAUUGGAAAAACUGUAUCAGUCAAUAAAUUUGCUCUAGACUGGGCAGAGGAGAAGGCAAACACAGACCUAGAGUUUGUAUUUCCUCUUUCUUUUCGAGAGCUGAAUUUGAUGAGGGAGAAAACCUUCAGCCUAGAGGAGCUUCUCUGUGUCUUUUUCCCUGAAAUAAAAGGCAAAGAAAUCUUUACUAAUGGCGGAAAGAAAAUGCUUUUCAUUCUGGAUGGUCUAGAUGAGAGUCGCCUCUCUUUGAGCUUCCAGAAAACCGAAAUAAUGUCAGAUAUGACACAGAAAACCAUGAUUGCUGUAAUUCUUACCAACCUCAUCAGGGGAAAUUUGCUUCCUUUGGCUCUUGUUUGGAUCACGUCUCGCCCCAUAGCUUCCAGUCAGAUCCCUUUAAAACACAUUGACCUGAUUACUGAGGUACGAGGGUUCAACAACCUUCAAAAAGAAGAAUACUUCAUGAAGAACAUUGCUGACGAGAGCUUAGCAAAGCGGGUAAUCGCACAUGUGAAAUCUUGCCGGACUCUCCACAUCAUGUGCCACAUACCAGUCUUCUGCUGGAUGGCAGCAAGUGUUCUUGAGAAGAAGCUGGCAUUGAAAGACAGUAAGGACACACCAAAGACUCUCACACAAAUGUACAUCCAGUUCUUGUCCUUAUGUGUGGAAAAAAUGAAGAACAGGCUGCCAGAAAGCAGGGAUUCAAAUGCUAAAUGUGUGAGAGAUAAUCUCCUGGCACUUGGCAAACUGGCUUUCAAGGAGCUCAAGAACUGUCACUUGAUUUUCUAUGAGAGAGACCUCACCUCUAAUGGUAUCAAUGUCACGCAGGACUUCACAUUCUCUGGAGUCUAUACUGAGGUCUUCAAUCAGGAGAUGACCCUGUGUGAAGAGAAGAUGUUCUGCUUUGUGCAUCUGACCAUUCAUGAGUUCUUUGCUGCUUUGUACGUCUUCCUUACUUUCAACAACAAUAACAGCAAUGUCCUGGUGAAAAAGUGGCACCCAUACGUCCUGUUUAGAAAAUCAUCAGAGCUCAUCCUCUACAAAGCAGCAGUGGAAAAGGCUAUGGGAAGUGAAAAUGGGCAUUUUGACAUCUUUCUGCGCUUCCUUUUGGGCAUGUCUCUGGAGUCCAAUCAGACGCUGCUGAAAAGCCUUAUGACUAGCAACAGAACACACCAAAGGACAAGAGAUAAAAUCAUUAAAAACAUAAAGAAGAAAAUCAGAGCCAGCAAGUCCGUAGACAGGUGCCUAAAUCUCUUUCACUGUCUGAAUGAGCUAAACGAUGACUCUCUUGUAGAGGAGAUUCAGAGCUUCAUAAGCUCAGGCAGCCUAAGUAAAACCAGCCUUUCACCAGGCCAAUGGGCCACUCUGGUCUUUGUGUUACUGACCUCAGAAGAGGAGCUGACAGUGUUUGAACUGAGCAAAUACACCAGGUCAGAGGAGGGUCUUCUCAGGCUGCUGCCUGUUGUGAAAACAGCUCGUAUAGCAAAGUUAAAUGCAUGUAACCUCACUGUGGCCUCCUGUAAAAUGCUGUCACAUGGCAUCAGCUCAUCCCAACUUAGAGAGCUGGACCUAAGCAACAACAAUCUGACAGACAACGGACUAAUAAAACUCUCUGAUGGACUUAAGAAUAGCGCACUGAAGACACUUAGACUGAAGAGCUGCAGCCUAACACAGCACAGCUCUGACACCCUAAAAUCAAUAUUCAGUACUGCUUCUGGCCAGCUGGGAGAGUUGGAUCUCACUGACAAUGAUCUUCAGGAUGACGGAGUUGAAAAGUUAUCUUCUGGUCUUGUGAGUCCUUACUGCAAAUUGGAGAUACUCAUUUUGUCGAUGUGCAGAGUGACAGAAAAGGGCUGCAAUGUCUUAGCUUCUGUGUUGAAGUCAUCUAGCCUGAGAGAGCUUGACCUGACCUAUAAUAACCCAGGAAACUCAGGCCUAAUGGCUCUGGUGGAGGACCCAUGCUGCAGUCUGAAGAAAUUAAGUGUGGAACACUGUGAAGAAUUCUGGAUCCAGCCUGGUCCGAAGAAAUACAGCAUCAAACUGACUCUGGACCCAAACACAGCACACAGAGAUCUUUCUCUGUCUGAGGGAAACAGAAAAGCAAGACGAUGGACCAAGCAGUCAUAUCCCGAUCAUCCAGACAGGUUUAACUACUGGAGACAGGUGUUGUGUGAACAGGGACUGAUAGGGCGCUACUACUGGGAGGUAGAGUGGAGUGGGAGAAUAUGUAUAGGAGUGGCCUACAGAGGGAUAUGCAGGACGGGAGAGGGUACUAACUGCUGUUUGGGCAAGAAUGUCUCCUCCUGGGUUCUUAGCUGCACUGAAAAUAACUACAGGAUUUGGCACAAAAAUGUGAGCACUGCAGUAAAUGCUACACCCAGCUCCAACACAGUAGGGGUUUACCUGGAUUGGCCAGCAGGUACACUAUCCUUCUACAGCAUCUCCUCUGCCACACGCACCCCCCUCUACACCGUCCACACAACCUUCACUGAGCCUGUAUAUCCCGGAUUUCGCCUUGGUUGGGCGGAUUCCACAUUAGUAAUGUGCGAUAUCAUUGAUUUCCUUUACAAUCCAAUACCAAGUGCAGUUUAGGCUGGUAUUGGCAAUAAUGAUUCGAUUUUGAUACCUUAUACAAAAACCUAAUGUAUUUUGGAAAUUACUCUCUACCGGGGAAAGGAUUUGAUAUUUAAACAGAGUGUUUUAUAUAGAAUCCUGUUACUCAAACUGAAAUAACACGGAAACAUGAUAGAUAAAUGCCACAAUAAUUGCAUACAUUUGUAAUUACGAAGAAUUUAGAUAUUCAGUUGAUCAUCAGUCAAAUCAAUUUGAAUUUAAAGGUGCAGUGUGUAGCAAAAUCAAAGGUCAAUGACAAAAUUACAUUUCAUUAAAAACAGUUUCAUUUGGUAUCUAAUUACUUUACUAAAUUAACUGUUAUGUUUUUAUUCUCUCUGAAUGAGACGUUUACAUCUACUUGCCGUGGGUCCACAUACAUGGCAGCUGCCAUAUUUGUGCCACCAUUUUUACUGCAAUGUCUCUGAAUGGACAAACAACUGUAUGUGUGCAGUGAGAACUGUCAGAGCUUUAAAACUUUUGUACUGGCUUUGUUUGAUACAGUAGGUGCUAGAGCCGGGUUUGGGAUAAGUAAUACCUUAAAAGGCACUUAGAAGUAGACGGUACACAUUUUUGAAGUAGUUACCUUUAGGUAAGUCAUCACUGCAUCUACGGCUACUGGAUCCACUCACAGAUGAAAACAAGUUUAUGUCUGGAAGAGUUCUGGGGCCUCAUUUAUCAAGCUGGCAUAAGAACCAAAACCAGUGUACGCCAAUCAUAGUCAACUUUUGGAAUUUAUAAAAAUCAAACUUGAUGGGAAAAAUGGGAAACGGCGACACCAACGGUACAGAAUAAAAUCAAGGAAAUGAUGUGAAAUGUGAGACAUUUGUGCACAAUCCACUAUUAACUUUCACACAACAUGUUAUAUAUUAAAGCUAUUUGGAAAAAUGAAUAAAGAGGCACAUUCAAUAUUAAUACUCAGAAGAGAGCAUGCUUGGGAAAAACAAAAACAAACAAACAACGACAACAAGAACAAAAAAAAAAAACAAUAUAGAAUUUUCAAGAAAAAGGGAAAUGAUAUUAAUAAGAACCUCAGCCACUAAAAUAUGUUUGGUCAUUGUGAAACAAAACUUACAUGUUAUAAAAUACAUUCAGAUAAAUAAGGUGGAAAGUCUGCUGCCAGCAUGUACCACUUAGUAAAAGAAUGCAAAAAGUAAGCUUUGGUCAUUCAUUCAUUCAGAGCGGGAUGCAGACUGGAGGCUGGAGCGUCUAGAAGUGACACUUAUGAAACACACAAGAGGUGGAUUUCCUUGUUUUUAUUUAUUCUUACACAAUGAUUUUAAUUGUUGUCCUAAUUUUUGUCCAGACUGUCUUUUUUUCCCGCACCUCCUUGGCCACCUCGUUAAUAGCGGUGAUUGUGUCUCUCUGCAACUGCAGGACUUCCUCUGAGUGUUUAUAUUAUUUAACACUAAAUAAUCUGGUACCAAUCUCAGAUGUAUCUGUACAUAUUUAUUUUAUAGAUUAAAACAAAUGACUAAAUUACCGUACAACAGUACUGUCAUUUAGCAGACGCUUUUCUUCAAAGUGAUUCACCCCUGUGGUUUGAACUUUGGUCUCCCGCAUUGGAAACGGAUGCCCUGCUGACUCAGAUCCAGCCACACCAUCCAAUGCUUCUCGUGUCUUGCCUUCUGACAAGGCAUUGACAGCAUCUGCCACCUGCUGCCCUCCUCUGCCUUUCUGACACUGGUAAUGCCCACGCCGUGCCCACCAAAUAAAACCUUUUUACGUUUUUCAAUGUGGUCCAUCAGGAUCUGUCUCACAUUCCGGAAAGAGCCGCUUCUUCCCUCUUUUCCCCUCCUGAGUAAUCAUGGAAAUGAUAUGAUAAAUAUUUAUACUGACCUUUUGUGGCCACCACAAGGGUGUGGCAAGGCGCUCCCUCAUGUACGCUCGCUUCAGAGUUCAUUCUGAUUUAUGAACGGAAACAGGCGUGGGACGUGCGUGAGCAUGAUUUUAUGAAUCUGAAAGUUUUUGUGCGCCACCUGUAGUUUGCUUUGCUACGCACAGUUUGAUAAAUGAGGCCCCAGGACACUGACAACCACCAUCCAUUCCCAAAUAUGCUUGGCAAUUCAGAGUAAUUGCUAUGCCCAUCAUUACCCCUAGAUGUCAGAAAUUCUUACACAUUGGACCUUUAAGUGACUUUGAACAUAAAUGUUUUGAUGCCAGAGGUGCUGGUCUGACUAUUUCAGAAACUGCUUUUUAUUGAACUAAAAAUUUCUGGCUCUCCUGAUCUCUCCAGACAGGGUUGCUACUUAAGCAUGGUGAAACUAGUGAACUGAAAUCCGUAGAUGUGCAUAAAUGAAAUUUUGUUCAUUUACAGAACCAGGACUGACUGUGAUGAUGUUUUAGUAUAACUUUAAAUAAGGAAUUCUGGGUUUCUGUUGAGCCCAUUCAGGUGGGGAACAGAAACAGCAAAUGUGAAGAUAAAACAGUAGAAGGUCCAGUGGGAGAGAUUAGUCCCUCUGGACGACCAUACUGAGUGAAUUUUUCUUUUUUUAUUUCUCUUUGUAAUUCUCGUUUCAAUGUGACUUGUGCACUUUGCUGUAAUGCUUUCAAUGUUUUAUGUAAAGCACUUAAAGUUGUCUUGUAUAUGAAAUGUGCUAUAGAAAAAACAUGCCUUAUCUAAAGCUUGAAUGUUGUUUUUGCACUUAAGUGGCUUUGGAUAAAAGCAUCUGCUAGAAGAUUAAAUGUGAAUGUAAAUUCAUGCAUCACUUUUUUUCUUUAUCACAGCAAGGAAUGCACAGAAAAUUAUAAUCA